UACUGUUAUCGCGGUCAUAAAUCCCAGUAAAAUCAAAUAUUCCAACAUAUCUCUGUAUCGACGUUUCUUCAAGUAGACUAAAUACUGUGAGUACUAUGUUAUAUUGUUAACCGCUACCAGAGAGUAACACGUAUUAAGGAGAACCCCUAUUCAUUUUACCCGUGGACUGUUUUAAAGGUAUUUUCAAAAAUGUUAAUCCUUAGUGUCCAUAGGAUUCUACUUUGUUUUCUAUUGAUAAUGAACUGUUCAAACAUACUAGCCAGCGUUUCAACAUCACCGCCAUCAUCCGAAUUCAGUACCGCAUCAGCAUCAACAUCUACAAGCUCCACGCUGUCAGAGACAAAUACACCUGAAAUAUACGCUACGACCCCUGUCGUAACGCCUACAUCAUCACCAGAUGGUUCUACAGAAGAAAACUCUCAACCGACGUCUACAGAUGGAAACACAGCAACGAGUUCCACAACAGAGGCUAUUAAUUCUACACCAGCCGGAUCAGAAUCUACACCAUCACAAGCUCAAUCGACUUCUACAGAUGGAAACACGGCAACAGGUUCCACAGCAGUCACACAAGUGUCUAGUUCUGCACCAGUCACAACAGAGACUACAUUAUCACCAGAUGGUUCUACAGCAGAACAAUCUCAACCGACGUCUACAGAUGGAAACACGGUGACGAGUUCCACAUCAGGGGUUAGUUCAACACCGGUUACACCCGAUACUACAUCAUCACCAUAUGGUUCUACAGAAGAACACUCUCAAUCUACAGACGGAAAUCCGGCAAUAAGUUCCACAACAAUGACACUAGAACCCAGUUUCACAGCAGUCACAUCAGGGACUAGUUCUACACCAGUCACAUCAGGGGUUAGUUCUUCACCAGUCACACUGGAGACUACAUCAUCACCAAGUGGUUCUACAGAAGAACAUUCGCAACCGACUUCAACAGAUGGAAGCCCGUCCACAAGUUCCACGGCAGUCACACCAGAACCCAGUUCCACGGCAACAUCAGUCGCACCUGAAUCUAGUUCUACGGCAGCUACAUCAACACAACUACCGUUAACAAGUCCACAAACACAAUCUGCAACUCCCACAUCAGCACCUCAAACAACUCUGUUUCCUACUUUAAAGCCAGAUACAGAGGGUUCAUAUUUUGCAUUCAAGUUGGAAGUAACAAUUCAGAUGAAUCUCAGUCUGUUUGAUAAGCAAGACUUUAAUGAAUUUGUAAGUACACGUUGA